AACCCAAAAACUACUGCCAAAGAGUCCUAGCUUGAGUGAUUGAAAUGCUAAAAGCUACUGACAGUCCUGUUGUAAUAAGUCAACCUUUUUGCCGCCACUGGAUUGGUCGAAUUAACCAAGUCCCGCCUCUUUGGAAUCUUUAGAACCAAUAGAACGACACUACAACUGCCCGAAAAAUGAUUGACAGCACCGUUAGCCAAUCAAAUUCAGAAUUAGGAAAUUGAACAGUUCUCUGAGAGGAAUGAUUUGAGAGCAAGAAGAUGGUGUGGAUUUAUUGGUGAAAAUAACUUUUUUUCGUGGCAAAACAGCAGAGCCUUUAUAGAUAGAUGCGUGACUGCAUUUUGGUGAGAUCUUCCACUAUCCUUCACUAUAUAAAGCAGCUUAAUGCCCUGUCACAUCGGCUGUUUGGUGAGAGUGAACACUGAUUUCGACGAUGUCCAUUUACUCCCUCCUGUUCGCUUUAACGCUGUUCUCUGAGAUGAACAGCCACUUGGUCACAGCGGCCAUUCCUUCAACUGCAGUAGAAGAUGGCGCUGCAGAACAAGAAGGUUUGGACUCAUUUCUGGGUGAUGACGACAUGACUGAACACGCUGCGGUUCCUCUGAUGUACAGACGGAGCCUCACAUAUGAUGGGACAUCCAAAAUCAUCGUCAUACCGGACAUGACCUUGGAGGGGCAACGUAUUCGUGGGCUGAACUGGCGUCAUCCUCUGGUGGAAGAACGAAGUUUGGACCGGACACCUGAUGAGUUCACUUUGAAACUAAAUAAACGAGAAAAAGACCUUGACAUGCUGCGAUGUAUGAUUGGAAGAGUUUACCGACCCUGUUGGGAAGUUUGAGUGUUUCUCAACAAGUACACCUAUAAACAUGUCCUCAUUCUUUAAAAAAUUGACAAACAUGUAAAACAUCAACAGAAC